UAUAUGUGCCAUGCAGACCGAAACCUGUAAUAGGCCUACCAAAUUAACUUGCAAACGUAAGCGGGUGAAAUCUAGACGGGUUCACCAACAGAAUGCAUCGUCUCACUGCAGACAUCGGUGACAGUGUCAGCCUGUGUGAAGUUUAGUGCUGAGUGACUGCCUGCUGAGUUCAGUCCCACGGGUUUAGGCGGUGCCGUACAUCCCGUGUGGCUCCGCUGUCUGAGAAUCAACUGGAAGCUGCUCAUUCAUCCGUGUUAGCGCCGCCCUUAGCACUAACGCUACCUGAACUGUGUGAGCAGCACUGAUGUUAGCUGGCUGGUCAUCCAGCCGGCAGGCCGUUGCUUUGGGGGUUCAACAAAAACGGCACGUUUGAACCUUUAAGACCGGCUCCCCAAAAUGUGAAACUUUAACUGCAUUGCGUGAACUAGCGGGGAAUCAGACAAUCAUCAGUGGUGCAGCGGACACGGUUGAUCUGCAGUAAUGAUCAUGUGGUGUGCCUGGCCAUUCCUACCUGCUCUGGUGCUUCUCUCAGAGCUCUCUGUGGUGAGGGUCCAGACGGCACCAUGCCAGACCUGUCGAAAACUCACUGAGAGUUUCAUUAAGGGCUUAGAGAACACAGCCAACAAGAACUUUGGGGGCGGUAACACAGCCUGGGAAGAAGAGAAGCUGGCUAAAUAUGCUCGCAGUGAGACUCGGCUCCUAGAGAUAGUGGAGGCUGCCUGUGAGAAAACAGAUUUUGAAUGUAAUCGGCUGCUGGAGCAGAUAGAAGACCAAGUUGAGACAUGGUGGUUCCACAGGCAGCAGGAGGCACCAGACCUCUUUGAGUGGCUGUGCAUAGAGGAGCUGAGACUGUGCUGUCCUCCUGGACACUUUGGGCCUGACUGCAAAGAGUGCCCAUCAGGCCCUGGUGGUGUGUGUGGAGGUCUGGGUCGCUGUGAGGGGGAGGGGACCCGGCUGGGAGAUGGGGAGUGCGUCUGUGAUCCUGGAUACUCUGGCCAUCUGUGCCAGAGCUGUGCUGAUGGCUACUACAGAGAGAAAAGCUCAAAUGACAGCACAGGAGCCUGUGCAGCUUGCUACCAUUCAUGUAAGAAAUGCUCAGGACCACAGGACUACAAAUGCCUUGACUGCAAGCCUGGCUGGAUCCUUCAUGACAACAAGUGUGUGGACAUUGACGAGUGUGGUACAGAGCUGGCCCGUUGUCCUUCUAACACAUACUGUCACAACACAGAUGGAUCAUAUGAAUGCAGAGGCUGUGACCAAGCAUGUGUGGGCUGUAUGGGUAGUGGUCCUGCCCGCUGUAAGAAAUGUGCACGUGGAUACAGAUUGAAAGGGGCCAAGUGUCUUGAUAUAGAUGAAUGCAGUGAACGUGCAAUAGCAUGCCCAGGGCUCAAUGAGGCGUGUAUCAACGAGGAGGGCUCCUUUCACUGUGAAUGUGCCGAUGGAUUCAUCAGAAGAGACAGCAUUUGUGUUGAGAAUAAGCCUCCUGCUGACCCAGAGAAGGGACUGUUUGAUGACAUGACAGAUGAUGAGGUCCUUGUGCUGCAGCAGAUGUUCUUUGGCGUUGUAAUCUGUGCCCUAGCUACACUUGCUGCUAAGGGUGACAUGGUUUUUACUGCCAUUUUCAUUGGAGGCGUGGCUGCUAUGGCUGGAUACUGGCUGACAGAGAAGGGAGACUACAUGCUGGAUGGAUUCCUGAAAGGACGUUAGGCUGUCUGGUGCCACGAUUUAAUGAAAGGACCUUGGAAUUCCAGACAGUAAAGGUAAAUAGCAGGAAACUCUUCCUACAGUGCUAGUGUUUCAGGGAUCUAAUUUGAUUUGGGGAGUUACUUGAAAGGUCUCAGGUUCAUUUAUGUUUAUGAAUAGGAUAAUGCAGGAAAAAGUGAGAACUUGAAGGCUAUGAAGCCGUAAACCUAGAAGAGGACAUAACACUGCACUGCUAGAAGGGAACAGAACUUAAUCCCCUACCUCACCAUUGUUGGGAACAAAGGUGAAGACCGCUACUGAUUGUUAUGCAUUUGGAAGUUUCAUCUGGCUUCAAUGUUGCUCAAGAAAUGAAUUUUUCUUCCACUCAAUCAAAACCUCCAGUCAUCAUGUUUGAUGCUUCACCACGUCAGCACUGUGAAGCAGAGGUUUUCUCCUUGAUCUGAAUGGUACACUGGUUUUGACUGUGUCGGGCUACUGCAAUACUUAAGCUUCUUGCUAUGGACAUGAGAUUAGAUGAGGAAAUUUUUAUAAAUAUUCUAUAUCAACCAAAAAAGAAAGCUCAUCAAAACUCUAGGAUAUUUCCAUCAUUAUACCACUGGUUGUUCAUGUUCACAGAAUGGCUUUUACCUCCUCACUUCUGGAAUGAUUUUUGUAGUAAUAAUGCAUGAAAAUAGGUCUUCAAAUGAAAGGUACUACUCCAUAUUUAUUUAUUUAUCUUACUUUGGCAUGGAAGACUUUUAACAGCUGUUGGUUUGCAGACAUUAUAGCUAUUGACCACUAAAUGAGCAUUUGAGGGAAUGUGCUUAGGUAAACACCAGCUCUAAUUUGGAUGAUGCAAGCUGUUUUUCUGUUGCCUUGAAUUUGUUUUAAAAUAUUUAUUUGGAAGAUGUUUAUAUUUUGCUUUCAACAUUUUUGUGUGUACUUAGUUUUUUUAAUGUGUUCAGUUGCUAUUCUAGCAAAUACAGUAGCAACAUGUUAGAAAGUCACUGAAGAAUCACUUCCUCGGCGUGGAAACCUGUGCACAGACUCACUGGUCAUUACAUAUGUUUGCUUUACAACAAAAACUCUGACUCUUUGUGUUUUUAAUUUUUAGUUUAAUGAUGCCAAGCUUCCUUUGCUCUUUACAUAAGCAGAAUAAGAAAAAAAACAUUCUAGCUUGGGGAAAGUUAUUUUCUACAAUUGCAUGAUGCAUGAUAAAAUGUGGGAUAUGCAGGAGAUCAGUGAGUGGGAGAAACCUUUCAAGGGGAACCGUUUUACACAUCAAAGUCUGUUUACAGGUUUUGUGGAGUACUGCUGCAUAUGUUUAAAAAAGUUGUAUGAAGACCUUUAUGGCUUCACAGAGAACUGCAUGAAAUCCAAUUUUUAACAUUUAUUUUGGGGCUGAAGACUGCCAGGUUGAAAAUUAAUUAAACAAACAAAAACUGGACUUGUGAGCUUACCAGACCUGUAGCCUGCUCUUCACCUGUUUGGGGCUUGAGGCUACAUUAACUGCUCCUGGUAUACCACACCCGGAUCUCCAACAGAACCGCUGAUGGUCAUGUAUGUGGCACCAGUUUAGAACCAUAGACUCAGUAUGGUUCUAACAAGGAAGAAGAGUGUGUGGGAGAAAAAAAAAAAAAAAAAAAAAAA